CACCCUAUCCCUCCUCUCUUCUUACCAAAAAAAAAGCUUCUCUCUCCCCCCAAAUUCAGAGACUUCUCUUCAUUAAUUAAACCCCAAUUUGAAUUCAGUUUCUGAGUUGAAGUAAAAUCUUCUUGCAAAGUUGAUCUCUUCUUUAAUUUUCUCUCUCUUUGUCUCUCUCUCUCUCUCUUGUUUUAUUUUUGUUUUGAAUUUAAUACAUGCAAACUCAUUGUUCCAAGAAGUAUGAUACAAUUCUAAUUUGUCAUUCAUUGAAACCUCGAUCAGAAUUUGUCUGUGUCUUAAAGUUGAAAAAUACCCACAAUUCAAGAAUCCCAGAAAUAGUACCCUGCAAAAGAAUUUACGCUGUGGCGGAAUUAUUCUCAAGUCAUUAUCAAGGCCAGCAGUUUGUUGUGCUAUGGAUUGUGGGUCUUCACAAUUAAACUCAGGAGAAGUAGUAGUCUUUGAGAUUCUACCAAAAUGGCUGGUUUUUUCUCACUAGGAGGCGGCGGUGGGAGGGGGAGAGGAAUAAGCAACAGCAACCCUGAUCAAGAAACAACCGGCCAUCACAACCCAUCAUCGGAAAUCAAUCCAGAAAGCUGGUUCUUGUUCAGAAAUGAGGAAAUUCAUCAUCAGUAUAGGGGUUUCGAGCUCUGGCAGCCACUGCAACAGCCCCACCACCAAGUCGGCGGCAAUCCGCUGCAGGAUCUUUACGCCUCCGCCGGGGGGCUGGCGGUGGGGCCUAGCCGCGGCGGUGGGAUCAGCUGCCAAGAUUGUGGAAAUCAGGCUAAGAAAGACUGCGCACAUAUGAGGUGCAGAACCUGCUGCAAGAGUCGAGGGUUUCAGUGCCAGACACAUGUGAAGAGCACUUGGGUUCCGGUGGCUAAGAGGAGAGAGAGGCAGCAGCAGCAGCAGCUCGCGGCGUUACAGCAGAAUCAGAGGCAAGAAAACAAGCAGGAGAGAGAAACUAGUGUGAAGAGGCAGAGAGAGAAUCCUAGUCCUUCCAACUCGCUUGUCUGUACCCGUAUACCUACUACCACCUCAGGGUUGGAACUCGGCAAUUUCCCUUCAGAAGUGAGCGCAGAGGCGGUUUUCCGGUGUGUCAGAGUGAGCGGCGCCGUCGAUGACGCUGAAAACCAGUACGCGUACCAAACUGCAGUCAGCAUUUGUGGGCAUGUCUUCAAAGGGCUUCUCUAUGAUCAAGGCACCGAAAACCAGUACAUGGCGGCGGGGGAGACUUCCUCCGGCGGCGGAAGCGUCAGCGCUGGAGUUCAACAGCUUAAUUUAAUAACUGGGACUUCCGCAACCGCCACCUCCAAUCCAGCCGGCGGCGGCGGAGGCAGUUCAGUCUCACCUUUUCUUGACCCUUCUUUGUUUCCAGCUCCAAUUAACAGUUUCAUGGCCGGUACGCAAUUCUUCCCACCCCCAAGAUCUUGAAAACAAUUAAAAAAACAAAAAAAAGAAAGACCCAAGAAUUCCUCCACUCAUUCUCUUUCUGUUUGAUCAUAUACAAGCUUAAUUUGUUGUGGUUAAUGUUGUUGUAGAAGCCCAUUGAGGUAGAAAGAAAAAUAGUUAAUUUUCUAGUACUUUGAGACAAGGAAUCGAGGAGACAAGGAGAAGGAAGAUGAGGGAUUUAUGUCUGAUUUUUAGUUCAAAUUUCUAUGCAACUGUUGAAUUAUUUCUUGUUCUCUUUAGAAUUAUACUACAAAUGAGGAGUAGAAUUUAACUUUAUUUUCUUUUGUAUUAUCAUCAACUUUUUCUCUUUAUCAAGGGAUUGAAUUUUCUCUAUG